AUGGAGAACGUUCUCACAUCAGACCUGGGCACAAGGCAGACCCGCAACUUUGCCGUCUGCUGUGCUGGGGACCUCGCUGAGCUUUCUCUCCCCCCUCGUGAGCUGCUCAGCACCCAGAGGGAACUGCUGGGUGAUGGACUGUCGACAGCUGGAGGGGCCAGGCCUCGGCCGUGCACAGAGCUGCUGCUUGAUCACAGAGUCUGCACAUUCAAUAAGCAGACCCUGACCCGGGAUGUGGACAGAAAGAGGGAACAGGGAGAGCAGCCCCUGACCCGCGGGGAGCUGGCGGAGGUCCCCUGGCAGCAGCAGCCCUGCGCCUCCGUCCACCCUGAGACCAUGUGGAUCUGGGCUGCUCCUCCUCCGACGGAGGGCCUGGGGCUGGGGGCCGGGACCGGCGAGGCCGGGAAGGAGCAACAGGACUGGCAGGACGGCAGUAAGCUACGGGCAGGGCAUGGAGACACAGAGGUGACCGGGCUGUGUGCGCCCACCGUGACCGCUUUCAUCAGCAGUGUUUGCUCUGACAAGUGGCACCGUCACAGCCUCACAACAGCUGAAUUCAAGUGCAGGCUGGAGCUGGAGCUGGGCGGCCCUGUGUCCUGCAUGGAACUGGAGCUGCAAGGAGCUCACGAGAGGUUGCUGCCACUGGAUCGGGGGGAUGCAUCACGGGGCUCGUGCCCCGAAGAUAACGGCUGCCACGUCCCUGUCACUGACCACGGCAGUGCCCGCCUCGGGGACUCUGAGGAUGCGUCCAAGGUGGAGAAACACAGGCUCUCACAGGAAGCCUACAACCAGAGGCAACACUCGGUCCUCUCCUUCCUGAGGCGUACCAAGCUGGGCCAAUACAACCAGCGCCUCGGGGAGGAGCGGGAACAGGCCAGUGCCGUCUCUGUGGGCAGCUGCCGUAAGGUGGGGGCUCCUGGGCGGCCGCCCCGCUGGGGCAGCGUCGUGGAUGGAGGACUCACAGAUUUCAAGCCUGGCCACUGGAUUGGCGUCCACUAUGACGAGCCACUAGGGAAAAACAAAGGCAGGAAAUGA